GAAAGGUACGGUUGGCGGUGGGAAGGAUACAGUGGCAGUUACGCUGAAUGGAGAGUGCUCGUGUACGCCGCCGCUGUUGCUACUGAUGCGCAUUGACACAACGCGUUUGGUCGUGUGCAGGACGAAGAGAACAGAAAAGGCUGGACAGGCGCGUAGUCGCUCGAUAACGUUGGGGUUUCUACUAUCAACUAUACAUUCGAGUAUUAUUGUAAAUCAUCCGAUAAGCCCCCAGCUCGGGCGUCCCACAUUCUCACCGGAGUACACCCUUGGCAGUCAUCCCUAGCCAACGACACCGGUCGGUCCCGUGUACCCGUACGCGCACAAAUAAAAAACCGUCUGUCGCGCGUUCAACGCGUGGACGGCCACAACACCUGAAGGAAAUCAUUAAACGCAUUGUUGACAUAUUCAAAUCCAUAACCGUCAAAUUCUUUCACAAUGAGUGAGAAACAAAUGGUUAAAGACUUAGAAAAACAGGAACACGCACCUACAAACCAGAAACUUAAUGGAAGACUGUUGUUUGCUAUUAUUGCAUCGGCGUUUGGAGCUGCUUUCCAACAUGGAUACAAUACCGGAGUAGUUAACGCACCUCAAACUUUAAUCGAAGAAUGGAUAAAAGGGUUGCUGUCGUCCAGGUCCAAUGGGGCACCUGUAGAACAGUCUCAAGUUACGAUUAUAUGGUCUAUCGCAGUGUCAAUUUAUUGUUUUGGUGGAAUGAUCGGUGGCUUAUCAACCGGCGCAGUUUCAGAAAGAUUCGGUCGCAAAGGUGGUUUAUUAGUAUCUAACGUUUUGGUUAUCAUUGCAGCAAUUCUACAAGGCGUUUCUAAAACAUAUGCUUCUUACGAGCUAAUCGUAGUUGGUCGUUUUCUACUUGGUAUCAAUUCCGGUCUUAAUGCUGGUCUUGCACCUAUGUAUCUCGCAGAAAUUUCACCAAUGAACCUUCGGGGAUCUGUUGGAACAGUGUAUCAAUUGGUUGUUACUAUUUCCAUCUUGAUAUCUCAAAUAUUAGGUCUUGAAUACUUAUUGGGAACUGCGGAUAAAUGGCCAUGGUUACUUUCCGUGUGCUUCAUACCAGCUGUAUUUAUGUUCGUUACACUUCCUUUCUGUCCAGAAUCACCGAAAUACACACUGAUAAAUAAGAAACAAGACUUGGAAGCUCAACGAGGCUUACAAUGGUUCAGAGCAACCACUGAUGUGCACGUAGAAAUGCAAGAAAUGCGAGCCGAAUGUGAAGCAUUAAAAAUUAUUCCUCGUGUUACCCUUAAAGAAAUGGUAAUGAACCCUAUGUUGAAGAUCCCAUUAGGAAUUGCUGUUAUGGUCAUGUUGAGUCAACAGUUGUCCGGUAUCAAUGCCGUCAUGUUCUUCUCUACUAAAAUUUUUGAAAUGGCUGGUAUGUCAGUAGACGGGGCAAAAUACGCUACCUUAGGAAUGGGCGCACUUAAUGUCAUCAUGACUUUGAUUUCAUUGGUCUUGGUCGAUAUGUCUGGCCGGAAAACUUUAUUGUUACUUGGUUUCUCCUUCAUGUUUAUCGACACCGUUCUGCUAACUAUAUCUUUGAUGUUCGUGAAAUCGUUUAUUUGGGUAUCUUACUUGGCUUGUCUAUUUGUUAUGAUAUACGUCGUUGCUUUUGCUAUUGGACCCGGAUCUAUUCCAUGGUUUUUGGUAUCUGAAUUGUUCAACUCAUCAGCUCGUCCAUUAGCCACCAGUAUAGCAGUCGGAGUCAACUGGACUGCUAACUUUGUUGUUGGAUUGAGUUUCCUACCUCUACAACAACUUUUGGAUUCCAAUGUGUUCUUUAUAUUUGUUGUUUUGCUCGGACUCUUCGUCAUGUACGUAUACAAGAAAGUGCCAGAAACUAAAAACAAAACACUAGAAGAAAUUCAAAUGUUGUUCAGACAAGAGUCAUACAAAUAAAGUAUUAUAAAAGUAAUUCAAAAUGGUCUUAUGCGCACGCCGUUAACAUUUUAAAAGUGCAACACUUUUAAAAAAUCCCAUUGGUUUAUAACAACACCAUAACAUUUGAGUACCUUUUAAAUAAUGUAACCAUAGAUAUUUUAAUUAAAAAGAACAACCUUGUAUUAAUUAAUAAAUUAUAUUAGUAGAUAUUAGGAUACCCACUGUAUUUUGAUAGUGGUCGACUGUGGUGUUAUAUAGAAAAAUAUUGUAAAAAAAUAAUUAUUAAAUUAUUAUUAUGUAUAUUAUGUGUUAAAAUACAUUGUAGUAAAUCAUGAAACGUGUUAACUGAAUAAAACCGAAAUCUUCCAUCAAAGUUUUAAUUUAGUACUAUGAGUUUUAUUCAUGUAGAUAUUUGUUGACCUUUCAUACUGUAAGAUUUACAUAUUUUGUUAUUGAUUUUUAUAAAUUAAUAAAAUAUAUGUUUUAUUACUAGUUUUACGUUAUGUCACUUUAACGGUUAUUUAUUUUAUUUUAUUUUGUGUAUUUUUUAUUUAAUAAAACUGUAAUUAUUAAUUUUA